UUCUUCAGCCGGCCUGACUUUAGCAACGCGAUCACCAAUCCGCCGCUACUUCACCAUUUACCUACAUUUUUUUAAGAUCUCCCUUGAUCAAUCCUAUUGACUAAUUCAAAAUGGCCACCACUAGCACUACCUCCGCCAUCCCCAUGAAGAACAACGUCGCUUACAACAGCGACUCGGAAUCCGACGGCCAGGCCCGCGGCGGUCGUCGCCCUCAGAACCAACUCUCCCAAGCCGCUACAGCUCUGCCUCAGCUGCCCACCUCGGCGGGAUUAGCUCAGCCAGCAGGCCAACUUUUGAGGGGUGCGACCGACGAGAACGGCAACCAGAAGUCCGCCGCUCUAUUAGUCGGUAUCAAGCUCGACCUGGAAGCAGAGGUCCACUUGACUGCCCGAGUCCGCGGUGACAUCUGCGUCGGUCUCUACUAAGAUGAUCCCUGCCUACCGCCGUCUACAGAUAGGAAAAAGGUGCGGAGAUUAUUGUUCAGAUCAUGGAGGAAAAGGUAAACCUACCUA